GCUCGACCUCGAUCAGGCCCAAUCUCACCACCAACACGCUAUUGCUCAUUACUGAUGUAACCACCAAGAGAUUCGCUCAGCAUUGACGUUUCGUUUUCUGCGUUAUUCUUCGUUUCUUCGACCUGCAUCGCCUUUGGUCGCUGCUCUACCUUUUCGCCAUGCCGCCUACCAAACGCGUGCUCCAAGAGGACUCGACCUCGACCUCGAUCCUCAAGGACAAGCUCAAUGCGCCACAGAACCCUGGUUCUGGAAUGCGGGGGCGUCGCAAUGGUGCAUCUGCGCUUGCAAACGGGAGCUCGUUGAAGGAGGUCGUUUCGCAGGCGGAUUCCGCGUCGACCCAUGGCGGGCAGAAUGGUCAAUCCACUAUGUCAUGGGCCUCCGAAGACGCAGCGCUCCUGCAAAGCUACCGCCGCACAUAUCGUCUCGACGCUCCCUCGUCCUUCAAGAACCCCCUCAGUCACGUUGUCCUUUCGCAUGGCAUCGGCAAAUACUCUCCUACAAUGGCAAGGCAGAAGGCGAAGCGUAGGGUGCCGAAGGAGCAGCUGGCCAUGUCGGUGCGCAAGAACUUCAACGCGCUGGCAGUGAAUGAGUCGGAGGUUAUUGUGGAUCUGUUGUACAAGACCAAGACACAAGACAAAGCGUUCAGGGCACGCUUUGCUCCACCUUCCGCGAAGAAAUAGUUGGGUGGAUUGAUUUUGGAUUUCGAUGGGCACAACGGCGCAGGCAAGGAGUACUUACAUAAAUACCCGGACAAAGUUUUGGCCAAGGACGUUUUCAUAGCAUGGCAUUUGCAUUCAUUGGCGUUCUGGGCUGGGACCAGGAGU